AUGUCAUUCUCUAUGCUUCCUUUCGAGCUCCGAGCCAUGAUCUGGGAAUUUGCACUUCCUAAACCAAGGUCACACAUCGUCAAAUCCAACCAAAUGACCAAAAAGAAAAAGAUUCCGGUCCUUUUUCAGAUAAAUAAAGAAUCUCGCGAGUUUGUUUUGAAACAUAUGCAACUUCUUUUUGAAGGUACUAAUCUUGCUGGUUGUGAAGAUUUUCAUUUCAUUUAUUUCAAUCCAAAGAUCGAUACGCUCUGUCUUUAUGACAUGGAUGACAAUUUCAAGUUUUUCAUGGGCCCUCGUAAUUUUGCCCAAAGAGGAGAGCCACACCCUGACACCCGGGAAGUUGCACCCAUAAAAGAAUGCGACAUGGUCAAAUCCCUCGAAAUGAAAAACGAGACGAAGGAUGCGAAGUCUCUACUCAGUAAAACCGGGUAUUUUCGAAACCUUGAAAGACUAGUCGUACGCUUUGAAACAUCUUUCAGACCGCAGCUUUGCUCACAGUUCUUCUCAAGCCCAGGUCAUCUAGCAGACAGUAUAAUAUGUAUGAUGACCUCGUGGGCCAUGUCUUACUACCGAUUCUUUUCGCUACAGGUAAUGCGUAGAGAGAUAGCCGCAAUACCAGAUAUUGUUUUCAUCAUCACAAAAGCCGAUGCUCGCUGCAUUUUGUCUUCUGGUGUAUCAACCCUUGAGUUCUCUGGAACUCGGACUGUCAUGAAUAAAGCUGUUGAGAACAGGCUCAACAGUUGA